CUGGUGGAUAGUGUCUGUGCUGUGGUCGAAUCUCGCUUCUGGUAUUGCUCGUCGUCGGCUGCUUAAUUUUUCGUGCGGGUCGAUUUUGGAACUUCUAUUAAACAAUAAAAGCCGUGCAGUGCGAUAAAGUUUCGAUUCGUGAAGAUUUUCCAGAUUCCGAGUAGCCCACUAUCCAGGAAUGAUGCUCGCAUCGACCGCCGUCCGUGGUUUGUCCCGUCGUGCUUUUUCGACCUCAAAAGUGCUAGCUGCCCAGCAGCUGACUGUCCGCGAUGCCCUCAACGCAGCCUUGGACGAGGAGAUGGAGCGGGACGAGAAAGUAUUCCUGCUCGGCGAGGAGGUGGCCCAGUAUGACGGUGCCUACAAGGUCUCACGAGGACUGUGGAAAAAGUACGGCGACAAGCGAGUUAUCGACACACCAAUCACUGAAGCGGGCUUUGCAGGUAUUGCGGUCGGUGCCGCUAUGGCCGGUCUUCGUCCGGUGUGCGAGUUUAUGACAUUCAACUUCUCAAUGCAGGCCAUCGAUCAGGUAAUCAAUUCGGCAGCAAAAACUUUUUACAUGUCUGCCGGUACGGUUAACGUUCCGAUUGUUUUCCGCGGCCCGAACGGAGCCGCUGCCGGUGUAGGCGCUCAACAUUCACAAUGCUUCGGUGCAUGGUACGCUCACUGCCCCGGCUUGAAGGUCAUUUCGCCAUACGACAGCGAGGACGCUAAAGGUCUUCUUAAAGCUGCCAUCAGGGAUCCAGAUCCGGUUGUUUGUUUGGAGAACGAAAUGCUGUACGGUGUAGGAUAUCCGGUUUCGGAUCAGGUUCUAGAUAAAGAUUUCGUACUGCCGAUCGGAAAGGCGAAAAUUAUGCGUCCAGGCAAACACGUCACCGUGGUAGCGCACUCUAAAUCGGUGGAAACGGCCCUGCAGGCAGCGACCGAACUGGCCGGCAAAGGUGUAGAAUGCGAAGUCAUCAAUCUGCGUUCCCUUCGUCCGCUUGAUACAGAAACGGUGUUCAAAUCCGUACAGAAAACGCAUCACUUGGUAACGGUUGAACAGGGUUGGCCCCAGAGCGGCAUUGGCUCUGAAAUCUGUGCUAGAGUUAUGGAACACGAAACAUUCUUCCACUUGGAUGCUCCUGUUUGGCGUGUUACUGGUGUGGACGUCCCAAUGCCUUACACCAAAUCAUUGGAAGCAGCAGCACUGCCACAGCCACACGAUGUUGUUACCGCAGUAAAUAAAGUGCUAGGAGUAAAGUAAAGUGGAGGCUACCUACCUAAUCGACGGAAUUAAACUUCCUGAUUUAGCGAAGAAGUCAUUAGGCUGAGGACGAUAAAGCAGCCUGCAGAAAAGUGUGCAACGAUAUUUUGUUUAUUUUGAAAAUUCUAAUCGAUUAUUUUUUCUUAAUUCGAAUUGAUUGCUCGAAAGUACUUUAAAAAUUCUUGUGUUAUUACAAAAAGUGGUAUCAAACAGGGUUGUUGUAAUAUCGUGCAUCCGAGCAAAGUUUUAGGUAUAUUCAUCCACCCAUGCACUAACUUAAGCGAAACAAUGAAGCCAACUUGAAACAUAAUUACGUGGUAUUGUACAAAGUGAAACUCGCCAGGGCAUUCAAACAUUUGUUAGUUGUAAAUAACCAAACACCAGCAUGAAUAGUAAUUAUGAAUACAGUCCAUUUUGAUCUGAAUCGCUCCCUAACUCAUUCGCAUCGAGCGCUUUUUCUUCAUCCGAAUAAUUUGUUAUUUCGAUUUCGAUUGGUUAUCUUUUCUGUUCACGAGCUGUACUAACAG